UAUACUAAGUCAAAGAUCAACCUGCUAGGCGAACAAUCACCUUGUUGCUUACUCCUGUCUCUGCCUCCGCUCUGAUGGCUCACAUUGGUCCGUCAUGAUAAACUCUGGGUUGAGCUGCCGAAUACGAGGUCGGCUGACCCCCACUUCUUCUUCCACGCAGGCAUCAACAACUUUCUCGUCAUCAUCAUCACCACCAUAAAUGCUUCGCAAGAAAGAAGUCUACACCAACACUAUCCCCCUCCCCUCCAAUAUCCCCCGUCAACUAGCCAUCGACAUCCUCCACAGCCACGGCGAGAUCAUCUCCCUCAACCCCCUCGUCAUCUCCCACCACCCCAUCAAAGCCCCACGCAACGCUCCAGCAGACGAGUACUACUCAACAUGGUACGAGAUUACUGAGCGAGUGCGCUACGUCCCCGGCACAAUUAGCUUCAGAGGCUGCUUCCACGACGAACCCUGGGGGCUGAAAACCCACACCUACGCACCCAUGGGCGUUGAUCUGCGCAACACAUAUCGCAUUGUGGAGGACCCAAACAAUGACCCGUCACUUGAGCUCGCAGUUACAGAGUCCAUGAGGAAUAAUAAAGGAGGACUGUGUCUGCGCGAAGACGUCGAGAUCGAAUGCAAUAUAACGCUGAUUUCGUUCGUGAAGAGCCAGCUGCGCGCCGCAUCCAAAGUAUUAGUGGAUCGCUUGAUCAAGAAAGCCGAACUCCUCGACGCAGGUGUCUUACAUGGUAUCAUGGAAGACGGGGUGCUCAGGACGUAUAACCCAGCAGAUCGGACACACACCGCCGUUAUGAUGCAGUCGGAUGAACGGUCCCGACGAUCGUCAUAUCAGGUGCCCAUGUCGCCGAGUGAGUAUUCGCGGUCGGAGUCGAUGACUUCACAGACGCCCUAUGCCUUUGCGCAGCAGUAUCGGCAGGAUCCUAAGCAAGGAUUUACGGCGGAAUUACCAGCUGAUACGUACUAUCCCAUGCCGGGACCAGGGAAAUAUAAAAUACCACCAGAUGGAGGAUACCCGGCUGAAUUACCAGCAAUGAACGAGAGGCCUGGAGGGUAGUGCCCUUCGAUGCACACAUGUCCCAUGAUUUAUUGGACAUCGUGGAAGUAUUCUGGAUGAAAGUUUCAGCAUAUUCUAGAACCAUUGCUGGCAUACCCUGCAUUCGCCCCGACCCAUACUAGUCACACUGGACAGAGACCUAUCAACCGA